AUGCGGCUGCUUCCCUCGGUGCUGAAGCAUCGUCUCGCAGUCCUCAUCGGUGUCAUCGGGGGCAGCGGUCUCUACCACCUCGACAACCUCACCUUCAUUAAGCACGUCAACCCCGAGACACCCUGGGGCUUCCCCAGCUCGCCCAUCACCAUCUGUGCGCUCCCCUCCGGCACACGCGUCGCCUUCCUAGCGCGGCACGGCACGGGCCACUCCAUCGCGCCCUCCGCCGUGCCCGCGCGCGCGAACAUCGCCGCGCUCAAGGCCCUCGGCGUGCGCGCCGUGCUCGCCUUCUCUGCCGUCGGCUCCCUCCGCGAGGACAUCCGCCCCGGCGACGUCGUCCUGCCCGCGCAGAUCAUCGACCGCACCAAGGGCGUGCGCCCCGCGUCCUUCUUCGAGGGCACCGGCGUCGUCGCGCACGCCGCGUUCGGCGACCCCUUCGCCGCGCGCCUCGUGCGCUGGCUCGAGGGCCGCGUGCGCGCCGUGCUCGCCGAGGAGGCCGCGCGCGUCCAGCGCGAGACGGGCCGCCCGGACGCCGGCCCGCGCGUCCACGCGGACAAGUGCGUCGUGUGCAUGGAGGGCCCGCAGUUCUCGACGCGCGCGGAGAGCCAGAUGUACCGCGCGUGGGGCGGCGACAUCAUCAACAUGAGCGUGCUCCCCGAGGCGAAGCUCGCGCGCGAGGCCGAGCUCAGCUACGCGCUCAUCGCGACCGCGACGGACUACGACUCGUGGCGCCCGCACGAGGACGCGGUGACCGCGGCGGAGGUGUUCAAAACGCUGCAGGAGAACGCGCGGAUCUCGCGGCAUGUCGCGGCGACGGUGCUCGAGGAGCUGAAUGCGGCCGCCGCGGACGGCGAGCUGCUCGCCGGGGAGGUCGGCGCGAUGCAGUACUCGAUCAUGCCGCGCUCAGCGCAGCAGACGGACGAGGACCGGCAGAAGCUCGCGUACAUCCUUCCGACCUACUUCAGCUGA